AUGGCAACAGCAACUGUAGCUGGAGUGAACCUCUCAACCCCAAGAGUGUUGGCCAAAGCAACCGAGACACCAAAGGCUUUCCAGCCAGCAUGGCUCAGCAACCCCUGGAGAAGGUCUGGUGGCCAGCAGCAAUUGGGCGGUGGCCGCAUGACCAUGAUAAGGCCAGUGAGCGCAGCCCCAGAUAAAAUAUCGGAGAAGGUGGCUGAAAGCAUCAAGAGUGCAGAGGAGACUUGCUCAGACGACCCAGCAAGCGGGGAGUGCGUGGCAGCAUGGGACGAGGUUGAGGAGCUGAGUGCUGCGGCCAGCCAUGCCCGCGACAACAAGAAAACUUCCGACCCGUUGGAGACUUUCUGCAAGGACAACCCCGAAACAGACGAGUGCCGUACUUACGACAACUGA